AUGGCUGCCAGGCAGACGGUUGCACUGCUUGUGACUGUGAUCUCCUGCCUGCCUGUCCUCAUCCAGUGCCUCCACCCACACUUAUCUACUGAUGGGCCCCUCAUUGCUCAUCGUGCCAUCACCCAAACGGCAAUCCUCAGAAAGACAGCUGAGGUGUGCCGGGACAUUGUUACUGCUGAGGGAUGGAAUUUCCACCUUGAGAUUGAUAACAACUUGUCAGCUACCACAGUGGCGAGGGCAUGCUCUGCCACACCCAGCUCUACUUCUCUCUCCACCGACAUGUUCCAAGCAGCCAUUAACCAGAUCUCACUGGCCCUCGUAGUAGAGUUUCACUUUGACAAAGAUGCCUUUAAAGAAGGACGGGAUAUCAUCACAGCAGGCAUGUCUGCCGUGAAGGCAAAUGUGAAGCAUGGGAACCUUAUCACUGCAAGGCAGACUCUUGGUCAAAUCUGCCACACCCUCCAGGACUUCUGCGGCCGCAGUGACUGGGCGGAGCUUGGGAAAACCACUCCUUACAGGGCUCUGAUCAGAUCUGAUCAACUUCUGGACAGCUUGCCAGGUAAGAUCUCUAUCUGAGGGAAAUGGUGCUUCUCUCCAACAAACUUAGUCAUCAUUCAUAUUUGUCAAAAUCUGAGGUUACUAAUUUAUUAUAUAUUAUAUCUGUCCUGAGGUAAAUGCAACCAUGGCAGUUCAUUUGAAAAGACGAGCAAAAAGGACCCAGUGGGGAGGAUCAGUAAAGAUGCUGGUCAUGGUUCCCUUCACAAACAAGCAACUAAUCCGGCAGUGGCUGCCACUCUGGAGCUCCUCGAGGACAUCAGAGUAGCUGUCGGAGACAAGAACUUUCUGCGACUGAUGGGCCUCUCCCAGUCACCUGCGUUGUGCUUUGUCAUCGACACGACAGCAAGCAUGGCAGAUGACAUAGCUGAAGCACAGAGCAUUUCCUUUGAGAUCAUUGACAGCAAGAGGGGAACACCAAAUGAACCCUCUGAAUACAUACUGGUACCGUACAAUGACCCCGAUUUUGGACCUGUGAUAAGGACAACUGACGCAGACAUCUUUAAAAAGAGAAUCCGAAGCCUCAUUGCAGGAGGAGGAGGGGAUAGGCCAGAGAUGAUUAUGUCUGGUCUGAGACUUGCACUGACGUCAGCUCCAGCUUCGUCUGAGAUCUAUGUCUUCACUGAUGCUCCAGCCAAAGAUACCCACCUGAAAAGCUCUGUCCUUGCCCUUAUAGAAAAUACUAAGUCGGAGGUAAAUUUCCUGUUGACAAAUGAGCUGUCAAGUCCUGGGCAGCACCGUAAAGAUUCUCAUGGUGGGACAUCAUAUUCCCUGACCCAAUUAGAAAUUCAGCUAUACAAAGAUCUGGCCCAAGCCUCAGGGGGUCAGGCCAUUGAAGUCACCAAAUCCGAGCUCUCUCAGGCGGCUGCUGUCAUGGAUGAUUUAUCAUUCAGCUCUGUGGUGACAGUUUUCCAGGUGACAAUGAAUCCUGGAUGGCCUGAUGAUUUUGCUUUUAUUGUGGAUCCAUCACUGAGCAACAUAAUCAUUUACAUCACAGGAGUCUCCUCCCUCACCUUCAGACUCACCAGCUCAACAGGUUCACUUCUCUUACACAUUUUGAACUUUAGUGUAGUUACUGCUGGAGUUAGCUUAAUUGUGUCCCUUUCUUCGGUCAACAUUGUGUUAAUAUAUGGCUCAAACGCAAAUCAGCAUGAUGUAUUUGGUAAUUUAGAUGGAUCCUCCAUUCAGUGUGGUGAUGUGGCUUUAAUAUUUGUUUCCACAGGAGAAAGUCAGACCUCAGAGGAGGCUGAUGGCCCUCUGGCAUCAAUCACCAAAGUGGGAAACCUCCGUCGGUUAUGUCUCUACACCAGCAAUCAAGCAGGACUAUGGGAAAUCAGUGUGAACUCAAAUGAUCCCUACUCUGUUAAAGUCACAGGUCAAAGUUUGUUGAACUUUGUCUAUACCCGUGUGGAAGAACAGGAGGCAGCCCAUAGAGGUGUACGUCUUAAAGAAGGACGCCCUACCACAGGUGGUAAGGUCACUCUCCUGGUCACGGUGACAGGAAGUGACACUGCAAGAGUCACGUGGGCAACUCUUUUUGACAGCUCAGGCCUAACAGCGAUCACCGGGUCAGUGCAGUCAUUGGGAGGCGGUAACUUCUUGGUAAAAUUCAGUGGAGUUCCAGCAGGGCAAUAUGUGUUUCGCCUGAGAGGAAAGGACAGCAGCGCCACCUCCAGGUCCUCAGCACUUGGCUUCCAGAGGCAAGCCUCCACACAGAUCAGCACUUCCAGUCUCUCUGUUACUGCUCAAGCUAAGAACAUCAGCGUAGAACCAGGCUCUACUGUCUCCAUCCCUUUCACUGUGUCUUCACACAGAACUGGGACGUUCACAGUGCGAGUCAACAAUGACCGCGGCUAUGCUACUACCUCACCCAGCACCGUCACUAUUAAAGCAGGACGUGGAGGUGAAGCCAGAGGCACUGCUACAUUAACUGUCCCAGCCAGCGCUGCAUCAGGAACUGACGUGACUCUCACCAUUGAGGCACAAAAUGCAGCUGCUACUGACUUCAACUAUGCUGUGCUCAGGAUUUCUGUGGCUGCCAAGGUGACAGAUGUGUCCAGUCCCGUGUGCAAGGUGGUCAAUAUAACAGGCAUCUGUCCCUCUUCAUCACACUGUGCCUUGUCCCAGUGGGAAUUCAUCACCAAAUUCACCGAUGGCAUCAAUGGGACUGGCAUUGCAAGUAUCACCUUACACCAAGGGGAUGGUACCCUGAAUACCUGCACAGUGCGUGGAAGAGGUGGCGAGAACAGCAUACUGGUUACUUACAGAGCAUCCUGCUGCUCCCAGAAUGUGGAGCUGGCUGCUAUAGACAGAGUAGGGAACAUAGGAAUAUGUGUGGGACAGGCGAGAGUACUUGCUAUGACAACCCCUGGAACUGCAACAACUACUGGAACUAUGAGAACACCUGGAACUACAACAACCCCUGGAACUACAACAACCCCUGGAACUAUGACAAGCACUGGAACUACAACAAUCCCUGGAACUAUGACAAGCACUGGAACUACAACAACCCCUGGAACUACAACAACCCCUGGAACUAUGACAACCCCUGGAACUACAACAACCCCUGGAACUACACCAACCCCUGGAACUAUGACAACCCCUAGAACUAUGACAACCUCUGGAACUGCAACAACCCCUGGAACUAUGACAACCCCUGAGACUACAACAACCCCUGGAACUAUGACAACCCCUGGAACUACAACAACCCAUGGAACUAUGACAACCCCUGGAACUGCAACAACCCCUGGAACUAUGACAACCCCUGGAACUACAACAACCCCUGGAACUAUGACAACCCCUGGAACUACAACAACCCCUGGAACUAUGACAACCCCUGGAACUGCAACAACUCCUGGAACUAUGACAACCCCUGGAACUACAACAACCCCUGGAACUAUGACAACCCCUGGAACUACAACAACUCCUGGAACUAUGACAACCCCUGGAACUGCAACAACCUCUGAAACUAUGACAACCCCUGGAACUGCAAUAACCUCUAAAACUAUUGCAACCUCUGUAACUGUGAACUGUGUAAAUACGUCCUGUGUAACUUCGUCAGUCCCUGUAAAUACAACAACCCUUGUAAAUAUGACAAACCCUGUAACUACAACAACCCCUGGAACUAUGACAAACCCUGGAACUGCAACAACCCCUGGAACUACAACAACCCCUGGAACUAUGACAACCCCUGGAACUACAACAACCCCUGGAACUAUGAUAACCCCUGGAACUACAACAACCCCUGGAACUAUGACAACCCCUGGAACUGCAACAACCUCUGAAACUAUGACAACCCCUGGAACUGCAAUAACCUCUAAAACUGUGACAACCUCUGUAACUGUGAACUGUGUAAAUGCGUCCUGUGUAACUUUGUCAGUCCCUGUAAAUACAACAGACCUUGUAAAUAUGACAAACCCUGUAACUACAACAACCCAUGGAACUACAACAACCCCUGGAACUAUGACAACCCCUGGAACUGCAACAACCCCUGGAACUACAACAACCCCUGGAACUAUGACAACCCCUGGAACUACAACAACCCCUGGAACUGCAACAACCACUGGAACUACAACAACCCCUGGAACUAUGACAACCCCUGGAACUAUGACAACCCCUGGAACUACAACAACCCCUGGAACUAUGACAACCCCUGGAACUGCAACAACCUCUGAAACUAUGACAACCCCUGGAACUGCAACAACCCCGGGAACUACAACAACCCCUGGAACUAUGACAACCCCUGGAACUAUGACAACCCCUGGAACUACAACAACCUCUGAAACUAUGACAACCCCUGGAACUGCAACAACCUCUAAAACUAUGACAACCUCUGUAACUGUGAACUGUGUAAAUGCGAACUGUGUAACUUCGUCAGUCCCUGUAAAUACAACAACCCUUGUAACUACGACAAACCCUGUAACUACAACUACCCCUGUAACUGUGACCGCUGAUACUACGACAACCCCUGGAACUACAACAACCCUUGGAACUAUGACAACCCCUGGAGCUACAACAACCCCUGAAACUACUACAACCUCUGGAACUGUGAGAUGUGUAAAUGCGAACUGCGUAAAUAUGUCAGUCCCUGUCACUACGACAACCUCUGGAACUACAACUCCUGUAAAAACGACAAGCUCUGUAACUACGACAACUCAUGGAACUACGACAACCCCUGUAACUACCCCUAUGGCUUGGACAGCAUCUGGAACUAUAACAGAUGAAACUACGACAACCACUGCAACUUCGAUAACCCCUGUAACUUGGACAACCCCUGUAAUUAUGACAGCUGAAACUGCACCAAACCCUGUAACUACAACCUCUGUAACUACAACAACCCCUUUAACUACAACGACCUCUGCAAGAGAUGCUCCUGUAUCCGCAGGAUGCACAAUAAGCACAUCAUGUUAUCUCUGGAUCAGUGUCAUGGUUUCUAUUCUAGUUUCUGGGAAACAAACCAAAUUUGGUCUGUAAAUCCAUCAAUGACCCUUUGAGUAAUCAAAUCUUCUCAUUGCAAAAUGUAUGUUUCUUUACUGGAUGAUAGUGAAUCCAGUGCGGAAAAAAAUCAUACAAAAUCAUACAGUCAAAGCAAAAGUGCUGUGUGCUUAGAUAGUUUCAAACUGUCUCUCCAAUUCAUGUAACACUUUCUGGAUUUCCAGGAUAGUUUUAGACAACAAGCUGGAGAAAGCAUAUGGACUCUUUAUAUUAUAGAAGCCACGAUAGAAGCCAGAAAGCCAGAGCUGUGAUAAAUUGUUAUGAUGCUCUUGUACUGUAUUUGAGUAUUUAGAUUUGAAAGUUAAUACUGUAUUUUUGUUUUUCAUGAACCUGUCGGCUAGGUAGAAGUUAUUAAUCUGAUUCUAUAUUCUGAUUUUAAAAAUAAACCAGAUGAUCAGCUUACAAAUUACGUCUUGUUAAAGAUUAAAUCAAAGCAGCAUCUAUUGCUUCCACAGCAAUGCAACGGUAAUAAAAGUCUGGGCAUGUGAUUGGCACGGAGUUGGAAACACUUCUCUCAGUGGACAAGACAAACUGCUCUCUAUUAUGGACAAACAUCGUCUCACCCAUUACAUCAACAACAUUAGAGGAGGAGUGGAGCUCAUUCUCCAGCAGACUGAUUCAGCUCUGGUGGCACAGUGAAUGCUACAGGACUUCAUUUUCUCUCACUCUAUCCAGCUGUAUAACAAAUCACCUUUCUGUGAUAGUUAACUUCAUAUUAUCCAUGUUAAUAUACACUAUUGCACCUGAUCAUUCCUAUGUAUAUA